AUGAAAAUACAUUUAUCAUCUGAUGAAGUAAAUUUAUUGGUAUAUCGAUAUUUAGUAGAAAACGGAUUUGUACAUACUUCUUUUUCUUUUUUCAAUGAAGGAAAUAUUUGUAAGAAUCCAUAUUAUAUGAGUCAUGGAGAUAAAUUACCUAGUGGUGCUUUAGUUUCCUUUUUACAAAAAGCUUUGAUAUUUAUUUAUAUAGAAUAUCAUACGGAUCAUAAUGAUGGUAAGAAAAUAGCAUGUGAAGAACCAUUUUCUUUUUUUCGAAGACAUGAUUGUUGGAAUAAUGAAUAUAAUUGUUUACAUCAACAAGAAAGAAAAAAGAAAAAAGAAAGAGAAGGGGAUGAUGAAAAUAUUAAUGAUGAUAUGAAUGAAAAAAUGGAUGAUAUGAUGGAUGAAAAAAGGGAUGAUAAAAAGUAUGAUCGUAUGAAUGAUACUGUGAAUAAUAACCAUGCAAAUAAUAAUAUAAAUGAUUACAACAAAAAUGUUAUGUUAAAUAAUAAUAAUAAUAAUGAUAGUUAUAAUAAUGAUAGUUAUAAUAAUGAUAGUUAUAAUAAUGAUAGUUAUAAUAAAGAUAGUCAUAAUAAUGAUAGUUAUAAUAAUUAUAAUCAUAAUAAUCAUAGUCAUAAUAUUGAUAAUCAUAAUAAUGAUAGUCAUAAUAAUGAACAGGAUGGAAAUGUGUUAAAACGGCAUACACCAUUAAGUAAUGUAAACGAUAGUAAAAAAGAAACUUUUAAUAAAAAUACUGAUGAUGAUCUUAAUAAUAAUAAUGAUAAGUCGUCCACUAAUCAUUUUAAUAUCAUGAAUACAAAUGACACAAGUUUUGAUAAUAAAGAAGAAACUAAAGUUCUAAAAAAUAAAAAUAAUAUUUAUAGAAAUAGCUUUUCGAAUUUCGCCACGUUUAAUUAUAAUGAUAGUAAUUUAUCCUUUAAGGAUAUCAAAAGGAACUAUGCAAGUAUUUUUGCUCAAGUCAAGACUCCAAGAAGAAAUGCUUCAAAUAAUAAAAAGAAAAAAAUAAGUAAUAAAAGUAAAGAUGAUGUUGUAGAAAAUAAAGCAAACAUGGACAAUACAAAUAAUAAUGAUAAUAAUGAUAAUAAUGAUGAUGAUAAUAAAAACAAUAAUAACAAUAAUAAUAAUAACAAUAAUAAUAAUAAUAAUAAUAAUAACAAUAAUAAUAAUAAUAACAAUAAUAACAAUAAUAAUAAUAACAAUAACAAUAAUAACAAUAAUAAUAACAAUAAUAACAAUAAUAACAAUAAUAACAAUAAUAAUAAUAAAAAUUAUUGUGAUGUAAAAAGUGAAGAACAAAAUUUCUCUUCAAAGAAAAGAAAAAAAUGCGGUAGCUUAAAAACAGCCAACAUAAAAGGUUCACAAAAUAAAACUACUGAUGGUAAUAAUAACAAUAUAAAUAACAGUAAUAGUAGUAGUUGUUGUAGUAAUAAUAAUAAUGAAUCAGAUAUAAAAAAUGUUCAUGUUAAUAAAAAUAAAAAUCAACAAGAGAAUUAUAUCAAGGAUUUAAUACUAUUAAAUAAUGAAGAUAAUAAUAAUAAUAAUAAUAUUCAUAUUGAAGAUAAUGAAUCCUUUCAAAAUCAUGAAAAGGAAAAUUGUGAUAUAUCUUUAAAUAAAAAAAAUAAUGCAAACAUAAAUAAUAUAAGUAGUAAUUGUAGUAGUACAACCUAUAGUGGUAGUGCUACGAGUCAUAAAAGGAAAAAAAAGAAAAAAAAGAAAAAGAAAGAACAGACUAAUGAAGGUAAGAAAAGUGUGAAGGGUAUAAACAAAAAGGACAAAAAAAGGAAUUCCAAGGUUGAGAGCAAAAAGGAACAAGCAUUUGUAAAAAUUGUGGCUGAUGAGAAGAAUAAUAAGGAUGAGGAGUAUAUGGAUUUACCAGAGAAAAAAAUAUUACAUAAUGAUGAUAAUAAAUUAAAUAGUGGUGAUAAUAAAUUAAAUAGUGAUGAUAAUAAAUUAAAUAGUGAUGAUAAUAUUAGUAAUAAUUUAAUAAAUGAUAACAUUUCUACUGUUAAGGGUAAAGAACAGAUUAUAGCACCCAUAAUUAAUACAUAUGAUGAUAUUAAUAAUAAUAGUAAUAGCACGAAUGGAAAUAUGAACGAAGAAAUAUAUGCACAUAUAAAAGAACAUAGUCAUUCGAUUUCUUACAUAAGUUCAUUAGAAAAUAGUGCAGACAAGUUGAAGGGACAAAAACAAAAUGAUACCAAUGAAGUAGAAUAUAAUUCGUUUGAUAAAAAUAAUAAAGAUAAAGAAAUUAAUAACGUGGAAAGUGAAAAUUGUUGGUUAUCCAAGGUAGCAUCUUAUAUAUUGCCUUCAGCAAAAAAGAAUAAUGAAUCGAUUAAAAAGGAAGAAGGGGAUAUUCCUAAAGAAGAUGAAAAAAAUGAUAAUAACAUAAAUAAUAACAACAAUAAUAAAAAUAGUAGUCGCAGUAGUCGUAGUAGUCGUAGUAGUCGUAGUAGUCGUAGUUGUAGUAGUAGUAGUCGUAGUCGUAGUAAUCGUAGUAGCAAUAAUAAUGUGAGUGAUAUUCAUGUGGAUGAUUAUAUUAAGAAUGAUUUUAAUAUGAAUGUCUCCAAAAUAUUGAGUAACGAACUAAAUUACAACGAAUUUGGAGAUAACAUAUGUAAUUUCCAUAAUAAGGAAUCAGAUAGUGUGUAUGAUAAGGAGGAUGAAAAAUAUCGAUAUAAUCAUGAUACUUUGAAGGAAGAGAAACUUGUUGAUUGUUAUAUGAAUAGUAAUAUUGAAGAAGAACAUUUAUUAAAAGAAAGAGAAAGAAAAGAUAGUGAUGUUACUAGUUUUAAUAAUGAGAGUUAUAUUAGUAAUAAUACAUAUGAACCCUUUAAAAGUGAUUAUACUGAAGAUAAAAAUUAUGAUAAAUGCUUUAAGUAUUAUAAGGAUGAUACACAUAGUAUCAGGAAUAAAGAUCCUAAUACAUUUGGUAAGGAUAUAGAAUUUUUUACCGGUAAAAAUAUUUCAUAUACUCACAACAAUGUAGAAGAUAGUUGUUAUGAAUAUAAUGAAAAAGAAAAGCCUAUAUUUUUGAAGAACUGUAAAGACAAAACAAGUGAUAAUAAAUUUAAUAAUGAUAUUGUCCAUAUGGAAAAAAAAAAAAAAAAAAAAUGA